GACUAACUUGUCCGGUGGCCAAGUUGGUCGCCGUCCGACGGCGCGCCGCCAUUGAUGUCGGCGCCGUUUUUCAAUUCGCCCCGCGCGCGCUAUGGACAGCGCGCUGACCGGCCGAAUCGCCCGAGGGUGUAUUGUGCGCGGCCCCGUGCGGCCCACCCGUCAAUGGCCUGAGUCUUAUCGCAGGGUGCGCUCAAAGCCGACCAGGUCAGUGUGGUCAACGAGUCAUUCACUGUGAAGGCGCCGGCGAAUUGUUCAUGUAGGGGAGCGACUGGCUCGUCAGACGGCCGCAUGUAUUCAGAGCACCGACUCUGAAUGGAAAAAUCGAACGCCCGUCUACCGGUGAAUACUGUUCCCGGUGCCGGUGACCAGAGCCGGCGAUGGACAGCCUGACCCUUCGCAGUCACCCCGAGGCGUCAGGCUGGGUCACUGCUGGGACAGAAAGGCACACAAGAAACGACACAUAUGGGUCGCGGCUUGCCGUGCGCGGCGCCCUGUGCAGUGUGCGGGGACAGGUCAUACGGCCGACACUAUGGCGCAAUCUGCUGCGACGGCUGCUCCUGCUUCUUCAAACGCACCGUCCGCCGAAAUGUCGCCUACGCCUGUGUCUCCGGUAUGGACGACUGUCCCGUGGAUCGGACCAGGAGGAACUGGUGUCCCUCCUGCCGGUUCACCAAGUGCCUCAGCGCCAACAUGAACCCCACAGCCGUUCAGGAGGAGCGCGGCCCGCGGCGGUGCCGGGCCCGGCCGCGGCCGUCGAGCUCCCGUCGUCCGCCGGUCGCCGCCCCGUCCCCACCGCCCCCACCGCGAGCUCCCCAUCCUCCCCACGUUCCGCCGUCUGCGGCGGCGGCGGCGGCGGUGCCGGAGGCGGUCCACCUGUUGUCGCUGUUCCCGGCCAGCGACCAGCAGCUGCUGCUGUCCGGCUGCGCCCGGCUGCUGCUGCUGCUGCGGCUGGCUGCCGGAGCGGAGGGCAGCGGCCGGCUGACGCAGCUGGCGGCUGCCGUGCAGCAGCUGCGGCUGGAUCAGACGGAGAGCAGGCUGCUCGAGCUGCUGGCCGUGUUUGACGCAGGCCUGUCUCCGCUCCUGCUGCGAGGUCAGCUCGUCGUCUACAUCCAGUCGCACCUCCAGGAGCUGCUGUCCUCCCACCUGGCCGUCAACUGCCGCCAGCAGCCCCGUCUGCGACAGCACCAGCUGCUACAGCUGCUAGCCCUCUGCCGGGCUAUUCAGCAAAUAGAGCUUCAGAGUGCAGCUACCGCCGCCCGGCCGGCGCUGCCUACCACGAACUCUGACCGAGGCUGGCUUCAGUUUCUGCCUGGAGCAUGGCCGGUCUCUCUGUUGUAGCUCAGGUGACCCAGGAGGUCAGCCCAGUUUGGGUCAGGUCACUGGACUCGGGACUGGGUCAGAACACUGGAUUGAACCUCGCAGUCGAGCUGCCCACAGCAGACCUCCGGAACAUGUGGGCAAGACAAUCCGCCUAAGAUGGGAGGUAUAGCCAGGACGUAGGCUUGGAUAUGUUACCGUUGAAUAAGUCUCAUCAGGGCCAUGCAUUGUUCAUCACACACGCCCGAACCAAAUUAACCAUACGGGUUUCAUGUACAAUCACGCAUGUGAAAACUGCCGAGAGCCAGCCUGUCAUAUACGAACAUCAUGUCUGCGAAAAAGAGAUGAAGACAGUGAGGCUAUUUCGUGGAUGUCGCAACAGAUUGGUGUUGCACGACUUGUAUCAGUUUCUACUGCACUAUAUGUGUAAAAAAUAAAAUAAA